AUGCCGCCAAAAAAAGAGAUUGAUUAUCGCACUUAUGAAGUCCACUCCAUUCGCCGUAAGAGAAUCCAUCGGGGUAAGCCACAAUACAUGCUCAAAUGGGCAGGAUGGAAGGACGUAUCAAACACUUGGGAGACUCAGGAGAGCCUCCAUCAUAUGCGUGAUUACGUUAAUGACUUUGAUGCCAGAACUUGCAAGAAUGUGAAGAACAAGAGUCACAAACCUUCAAGUGUUGAUAAUCCUGUGCAUGUGUCUUCUGAGGAAGAAGAUUCUGAGAAAGAAGAUUGUAAUGUCAAUAUUGCCCCUACUCCUCUUCGAACCCCGAAUCGUAGACCAUCACAUGAUGAUGGCAAGCAAGACAAUGCUCAAUCAGAUCCUGAAGAGCAUAUUCUUGCCAAUCCUCAAAUUGUCCUUUUUGCUGAUCCAAUUUAA